GCUAUACAAUUUCUGAUUGUCCAAUACAAUGCUACGGAGCAGAUAGCAACAUCAGUAAACAAUAUGGCUGACAUAUUUUACUCAUCUUAAUUGAUGAGAAGUAACUUUGAUAUUUUAGCAAUUGCACAUAUAGGAAGAUUUAGAGAUGGCGUAUCUUUUAGGAGCCGCAGCAGUAAUGGAGAGUCUCUCGAGUGAUGUCAGAGAUGUUCAGUCAUGUGUGUCUGAUAUUCUGUCAAGAACUGGACCUGUUCAAUGUACGUCAUGGAAAUUUCCUGAUAAAGCAGCUUGUGAUCUGGAUAUAGAAGAUUUAUUGGACUUGUACAGCUAUUCUGAUGAUGAGGAAGAAAGACAAGUGGCUCAUAUUGCCCUGUAUGAACUGGUCAUUGACAGACUUGUCUUCUUGCUUCAUUCAAUGUCAAGUUUUACAGAGGGAGUUUUGAAAAAUGCUAAAGCAGACACUGAAUGGGGUCACAUCCAUGGGACAUCUGUUGGUGUGAUAGCAAAGAAAUACUGGUCUAGAUUGACACAGCUUCAAAUGGUGGUCAAACAUACUGUUCAAGAGAAAAAUGCCAUGUCUCGUAAGGUGUCAGAGCUAGAAGGAGAUGUAAAGCGUCUAGAUUUAGAGCUCAAACAGUCUUAUAGUACUCAGAGACCUAAAACAGCAGGAUUUGGUGGUCUUAUACCUCCAAACAGGGCUGAAAUGGUUGCUGGACUUAGUUUGAACCCAGCACAGCUGAAAGAAUUUGGCCUUAUUUCAAGAGACGAAUAUAACAAAUCCUGUCAGACAAGUGAGUCGGCAUUUACUCCUUGUGAUUCUUGUUCAAUGGUGCAGAAAAGUUUCCGCCAGUGUGGCGAUAUUGUUGUAGCAAUUUGCCAGCAGCAGCAGAUACCGUCGUGUUUGCAGAAAUUCCGUCCACAGGUAUCGCACCUAGACUGGUUGUCUGGUAACGAAGUUACGCGCUGGGCCGCAGAACAGCACAAAGACCUUCAGCGAAUCAGUAAGUUGACAGCUACAAUCAAACCUCUUAAAGAUGAACUCUCACAAUGUCAGGAAAAAAGUGAAAAAUUAGAGAAACGUGUUCAGAACUUCGAUCGUGAUUUAAAACGUGAAAAAGAUGAUCGGACAGCUUUGAAUAAACAAUAUGAAACAAAGAUAAAAGAGUUAGAGUCCCAGCACAGACAAACAUUGGAAUUAGAACAACAACAGAAAGAUCUGUUGGAAAAGAAUAAACAUGAGUUGGAGUCUCUGCUAGAGAAACGGAAAAAUGAAUUAGAAGAGAAACAUGAACUGUUAAAAGAUAUGGAGAACACAAAGCUGAAACUAGAGGAGGAGUUAUCUGGUAACAAAGUGAAUACAUCAGAGGUAGCUAGACUGCGUGGUGAGAUGACAAACUUGCAAGGCAAACUGAAUGAUGUAGCCACAAAGAUGGACAUGUCAACAAAAGAUCUACAGAGAGAGCAAGCCAAAAAUAAAAGUGUAUCAAAACAUACUCAGAGUUUACAAACGAAGCAAGAACAACUACUUAUCAGAAUAGAAGUUCUUGAUGAGGAGAAUAGAGAUCUGAAAGAUCAACUCUCUGAAAUGGAGGAAGAAAAAGAGAAGUUUGAAGAGUCUUUGGAAGAGAAUAAAAGUGAGACAACACAGCUAGAGAGAAAAUUUAAAGAAAACAAGGCUGACUUGGAGCAUGUGUUAGCAGAUAAGGAGAGUUUAGAACAAACUAUAACCACCCUAGAAACAACUGUACAGUCCCUCAAUGAUAAACUAGAGGAGGCAAAGGAAAGAGAGAGAUUGAUUGUAGAGUAUCCAGAUAUAAAUGGACCAGUUAAUCCAGAUUUAUCCGGCACAGGGGAUAUCUUGUUGGACAUGGAAAACCAGGUUAAAGCCAACAUUGUUAGAAUACAAUUGCUCGAGACACAGAAUGAUGGACUGCGGAACUCCAUAAGAAAACUUGAAUCCAUCCAACAGCAACAACCUCAUAAUUACUAUGAUGAGAGGGAAGAUGACCAGAGAUGGGCAGUCAAUGUUCAGAAAGGAAGACCACAGCCACUUUGGGAUCCGAGUUCUGUUCAACAUCACGAAAAUAAUGUAAAAGACAAUGUACCAGAAUAUUCAUAUAUGGAAAAUACGUACAACCAGUCUAAUGCCAACAACAAACCUGGAAUGUUUGGGACACAGUCUAACCUUUCUGCUCAUCAUCAACAAAAUAACUAUUCUGCAGGAAUAGAAGACAGUUCUAAAAGUAGAAUGCAUUCUGCAGUUCAUAAUAUAGAAUUUGAUAAAAAUGCUUCAAAACAGAAAACCUCCCCACAAAAGGACAGACCUGCUUUUGGUCAUAGACCACUGAGUGGUAAAAAGAAAAGCGAUGAAUUUAUUGUAGGACAUGGAGUAAGACCAAGUAGUGCUAAGAAAGACAGUUCAGUUUCAGCAAAGAGUAGACCUUCAAGUGGAAAAUUAAUGGCACCAGUAAACGCAAAUAGUAUAAGUGCAUAUCUGCAGUUAAAAAAGGCGGGAAAGAUAAAUUUACCUCAUAGCACUGGGUCCCGGCCAGCUACAGGAAAACCAACUAUACCCACAGCUGAUUAUGAAAGCGACAGUUAUGUUAAAAAAGACAAUUUUAUGUGUCAAAACUGUGAUAAAAUGUAUGAUAGACAAAGAGACCUGGAUAUUCAUAUGUCUUACUGCACCGGAUAAAACAUUAGGUUUAUUACUGUAUACUUCUGUUACUGGAUUGCAAUAUAUACUUUAAAUUUAAUAUAAAAAAGUGGUGUUCAAUAAUUUAAAUGUUUUCUUUAAGAAGUAUUACAAUCUGUUAAGUAAAAAUAUAAUUUUACAAGAAUGACUGAAUUAAGUGAAAGUUUUAUUGUGUUAAAUCACUUGAAUAAGUAAGAUUAUCAUUCUUUAAUAAUCACUAGUCUGAGAGUAAGUGAAAUUAUAACAGUAUAUUUUACAAAAAUGAUGAAAAGAAAUGCAAUUAUUAUUACUAAAUGGUAAAGGGAAUAUACUCUUUUAUGCAAAAUAAUGCAAAUUAAGUGAAUAUAUAAGCAUAAUUAUUUAGUAGACGAAAGUGACUGAGUAAAGUCUAUUAUUCUACAGUAAUGAAUAAAAUAAACCGCGAGAACUUCAAAUUCUAUAAGAAAAUGAUGACUGAAUUACUGUUGUUCAACAAAACUAAUACAGUUGAGUGCAACUGGAUUCCGACAAGAAAAAUAAAGAUUUCAGUGAAACAGUGUUCUUCAAAAAUAAUACAGUAAAGUAGAAUUAAUUCAAAAUGUUGUUUGAGAAAAUAUUAGAGUUAAGUGAAACUAUUGUUCAACAAAAAUAAUUACAUUAAGUGAAACUGCUGUUUGACAAAAAUAGUAGAGGUGAGUGAAACUAUUGUUCUACAGAAGUAAUAGAAUUAAGUGAAACAAUUGAUCUACAAAAAGAAUUAAGUGAAACUAUUGUACUAUAAAAUAAAAGAAUCAAGUGAAACUGCUGUCCUACAAAAAUAAUAUAAUUGAGUGAAACUAUUGUUCUUGCAUAUUUUUCUGUUUCAUAAAGAUAUAGAAGAUAUUUUUUUAUUAUCAGUUCUAUAAAUAUAAUUACAUUAAGUGAAACAAUUGAUCUACAAAAAGAAUUUAGUGAAACUAUUGUACUAUAAAAUAAAAGAAUCAAGUGAAACUGCUGUUCUACAAAAAUAAUAGAAUUGAGUGAAACUAUUGUUCUUGCAUAUUUUUCUGUUUCAUAAAGAUAUAGAAGAUUUUUUUUUAUUAUCAGUUUACAGGAUGAUAUCAAAUCAGUUUCAUGUCUGCUUAUUAUUUUGCAAGAUGCUUUUGUUAAUGCUUGUAUUAUGCUUGCUAAAAUUAAAAAAAAUAUUCGCUUGGUUGUUUAUAAUCUAUAGA